UCUUUGUGGGCACAAUAGAUCCUGUUAACCAAUGUUGUUGUUGUUGAAAUUCAAGAUCCGUCACGUAGACUCGAAUGCGAGCCGAACUUCGUCAUUCUUUAGUCGAGCCUUUACCUUUAAUACUUUUACACAGUGGAUAAAUUCCUUUAACAAUAUCCAAUGGAAGCGGAGUUAAUACCAUGCCCGCUGGGAACGAUCAAAAGAGAGCUUUAAAUGCAUUUUGUACAAAUAGCUCAAAGCAGAUGGAAAUCAAUAAUAAGCUGUAAGAUAACAAAGCAGACUUGGCACAAGUAUGACAAGAGUACUUAUUAAAUAGGUCAAGAAAUAGUAUAUGCAGACUUACAGCAACUAUAACGAGGCACUGGCCGUUUGCAUGUGCUAAAAAUAGGCCUGCUGUAGCAAUCACUAUCUCUAUCAAUCUCUAUCUCUAUCAAUAUCCAGCUCUAUCACAAGCAGGACACAAAAUAUUUCAAGCCCAUCAGGUACCAAACCUUGAAUAGUUGUCCACAAAAGUAAUAACGGACAUAAGUAGUUUCAUUGACAGCACCAAAUAGUUUGAGCGAAACGAUGGAACAGAAUAGCAAGACUAUAAUCAUCUAUGAUAGUGCUGCAAAAUGGCGCAUUCAGCGCUAAUUGAGCCCAUUGUAGGCAGCACUCCUACCUACCUACCUAUCAAUGGGGAUUCAGGCUCAUCAUGUCCAUCAGAGUGUUUGACUAAUAUCUGUAUUGAGGCAUAUGAGAAAAGUAUUUACUGUGAUAGUAGAUUUGAACUCAACACCUUGGUUAUGAGGUCAAUCCUAAUGCGCGGUAAAACAAGACCCCCUCGCGGCUACGACACAUUACAAUUGUACAUACAUUUGUACGUACGCAGCUCUAAACACAACUUGAUUAACAAUUCUUGCGCUAAUAUAACGUUUAACGUUAAUUUAAUCCAAUAAUCUAAUUCAGAAGUGUGCAGCUCUUCAUUGUAAGCGCUAUAUUUUCGACAAGUGGAAUGUCGGUUUUACAUUUUUUUCUUUUUUUAUACCUACAAGGAUGUGUUUUGAGUUUAAGCUCUGAGCAGGAAGUACACGCUUUGAUUUUGGCUCGAGGUGGUUCCGAAGGUAUACCAAAUAAAAAUCUAAAAGAAGUGGGUAGAAUCUCAUUACUAGCACGUACAAUAACUGUAUUGAAUAGCUCAGAUUUAUUUGAACAUAUUUGGGUAUCGACGGAUAGUGAUUCAAUAGCGGAGGAAGCUACUAAAUUUGGUGCACUGGUGCACAAGAGAGACCCAAUCUAUGCACUGGAUAAUACUUCAUCCUUGGAAUCCGUUAAGGAAUUUUUACAAAAACACGAUAACGUCAACAGAUUCGCAUUAUUCCAAUGUACUUCCAUAUUUUUGAAAAAUCAAUAUAUAAACGAUGCCUUAAACCGAUUUAUGACGAAGGAUUGCGUGUUCGCCGUUACCAGAUCACAUAAAUUGCGUUGGCAAAUCCGAGAAGACGAAGUUGUAGUGCCUUUAAAUUUUAAUCCAGCUCACAGACCUAGACGUCAAGAUUGGCCAGGUGAAUUGAUAGAAACAGGGAUGUUUUACUUUUCCACAAGGCACUUGGUAGAGGAAGAACAGAGGUUUCAAAAUGACAAGUGUGGUGUAGUGGAAAUCGAUGCUGCUGACGCAAUGGAGAUCGACACAUACACUGAUCUUUUAGUCGCAGAAUGUUUUAUUCAAAACAAAACGAGUUGCAAAAAUUCCUUCACUAAUACAAAUCUGUUUUGAGCAUGUUACGAAAAAAUAUGCAUUAAAUAAAUAAAAAGACAAAUCAGCACAUUUGAGUACUAUAAAAUAUUUAAA